GAGGGACAGAGGGAGGGAGGGAGGGAGGGGUCCGGGGCCGAGUGAUGGCGGCGGAGGCUCUCAGUGCGGCCCUGUGGCCCAACACCAGAGAGGCCUAUCAGCUCCAACACGUCAUCGGUAGCGGUGCCACAGCCGUGGUGCAGGCGGCGUUCUGCACACCCAAGCAGGAGCGCGUGGCCAUCAAACGGAUAAACCUGGAGAAAUGUCAGACCAGUAUGGACGAGCUGCUGAAAGAAAUUCAAGCAAUGUGCCAGUGUAAUCAUCCCAACGUAGUGACCUAUUACACAUCGUUUGUGGUCAAGGAGGAACUGUGGCUGGGCAUGAAGCUGCUAAGUGGAGGAUCAAUGUUGGAUAUAAUAAAAUACAAAAUUAGCAGGGGUGAACAUAAGAACGGAGUGCUUGAAGAACCAAUAAUAGCAACUGUCCUAAAAGAGGCGCUUGAAGGUCUAGAUUACUUGCACAAGAACGGACAGAUCCACAGGGAUCUGAAAGCUGGAAAUAUCCUUUUGGGUGAAGAUGGUUCUAUACAGAUAGCAGACUUUGGAGUCAGUGCAUUUUUAGCUACAGGAGGCGACAUGACCCGAAACAAAGUAAGGAAAACCUUUGUGGGAACUCCAUGUUGGAUGGCACCUGAAGUUAUGGAACAGGUGCGAGGCUACGACUUCAAAGCUGAUAUUUGGAGUUUCGGGAUCACAGCCAUUGAACUCGCAACCGGAACUGCACCCUAUCAUAAGUACCCUCCCAUGAAGGUGUUAAUGCUAACAUUGCAGAAUGAUCCUCCCACUUUAGAAACCGGUGUGGAGGACAAAGACAUGCUUAAAAAGUAUGGAAAAUCCUUUAGGAAACUAAUAGCAUUCUGUCUUCAGAAAGACCCAGCUAAAAGACCUACCGCAGCUGAACUUCUCAAAUACAAAUUCUUCCAGAAAGCAAAGAAUAGAGAGUAUCUGAUAGAAAAGCUGCUGGACAGAACGCCAAGUAUAACUCAAAGAGCCAAAAAGGUAAGGAGGGUCCCAGGGUCAAGUGGUCACCUCCAUAAGACAGAGGACGGAGAGUGGGAGUGGAGCGAUGACGAACUGGAUGAAAAGACAGAGGAAGGCAAAGUAGCUGUUACCCAUGGAAGGUCACGAAGAGUGAAAGACCACAAUUUACAGGCACUACCUAUCCCUGAUCUCAAAUGUAGGAGAGGAAUGUCUGCAGUGAAUCUGGUUUUGCGGUUAAGGAAUUCAAGAAAAGAAUUGAAUGACAUACGGUUUGAAUUCACUCCAGAGAAAGACACAGCAGAUGGAGUCUCUCAGGAAUUGGUCUCUGCUGGCCUUGUAGAUGGACAUGACGUGAUUGUUGUUGCUGCCAAUUUACGUAAGAUAGUGGAUGAUCCCAAAACACACCAAACACUGACCUUCAAAUUGGCCUCCAGCUAUGAUGGUACUGAGGUGCCCGAUGAAGUCAAGCUGGUAGGCUUCGCUCAGCUCAGUGUCAGUUGACACAUUGGACACAGAAUACAUGACGAGAAUUGAAUGGGAGGUGGUUCACAGAGAGCAACGCCUGCUGAAUACUGCUUCAUGCACCACGACAGAAAAAGAAGCUGUUCAAUUGGUGGCUAUGCAUUGGCUUCUGCUCUUCCACUGCAACUAGUAACCAAAAUUGCUUCACUUAACUAACAGCGCACUUGCACAAACAACUAACUCGCACUCAUUCAACAAAGGCCUAAUUUAAGCGGAUGUAUGUAUCCGGUGAAUGUAAUUAUUGCUGCAAGCUUAUUUAUGAAAUUUUCAAAAUAUUUUCUAUAAUACAAUAUUACCUCUGUACUUAGAAAUAUCUUUAUUUAAUAGGACUAUGAAAAAAAUCUUCGCUAUUGACAUGAAUUGCCUUGUUGGUUUAGUUUAGGUAUCUUAUUACAUUCCAGUUAUGUCAUCAGUCGCACUAAAUGCAAAUGUGAAUAAAUUAUGAUUGGUGCCAGUUUGCUUUUUUAUUUAAAAAAACUCUUAAUUUUAUAUCUAGUAAAUUGCUUUUAAUUCAUAUUGAAUCCCUUAACUGCACCAACUAAGUUAAUUCAAUUAACAAUUGGACUGUAGAGUUCAGUGUUUGAGACACUCCUCCUCCCCCCUCCCUCUGCAUUGCUGAGCAUUCACAUCAACUAUCUGAUCAGUUCAAUACUGUUGUGAACUGAAUUGGGUAUCGAUGGUACCUUCUGGGCACUUUAAUUAAAUGCUGCUGCUGUAAAACACCAAAAUAAAUAUAAUUCCCCCAAAAAGAGACCAUUUUGUGCUGGCUGUACAGAUUUUCAUUUGGUAGAUUUUGAUUUUACUGAUGCCUUUUGUAUUUGUUUUUAAAUUAAAUGCUUGUGAAUUACUGCACCAAUGUUGAUAUGCCACAUGCACAAAACAAAAAUAAAGUGCCCACAUUUCAGUUCAA